AGACUGAACCCUAAUUUCCCAAAAAAAAAAAAAAUCGUGUAUACCAAAUCGAAACCCAAUCUCUGUGUCCGCAGAGAAGGAUCGAUCGGAAAGAGAGAGAGCAAGUAAAGAGCGAUAUCGAAGAUGGACGCCAUGAGAAAGCAGCUCGACGUGCUCAUGGGAGCCAACCGAAACGGCGACGUGACGGAGGUGAAUCGCAAAUACUACGACCGCGAUGUUUGCCGUCUCUACCUCUCUGGUCUCUGCCCUCACGAGCUCUUCCAAUUGACGAAAAUGGAUAUGGGUCCUUGCCCAAAGGUGCACUCUUUGCAGCUCAGGAAAGAAUAUAAAGAGGCAAAGGCAAAAGGUGUUGACAACUACGAUAGGGAAUUGGAAGACGCGAUAGACAGGCUUAUUGUUGAGUGUGAUAGGAAGAUUGGUAGAGCUCUUAAGCGUCUUCAGGAAGAGGAUGCAAAAGCUGCCAUUGCGAUUUCAGUUACCGAAGUUACUCAGUCACCCGAAAUUCUCGAACUGUCAACGCAAAUCAAAGAGAAGAUGAAGGAAGCAGACCUUCAUGAUCUCGAAGGAAAGACGGAUAUGAAGAUUAGGGCUCUUGAGUUAGUUGAAGAGAUGAGAACUAAGAGAGCUGACUUACAGGCUGUGCUGCUGUUGGAGGCCUUUAACAAAGAUAGGGCAGCCUUGCCACAGCCCAUCCCUGGUCAGCCACCAGCUGCGGCAUUGCCUCCGCCGGAUCCUCGUACGCAAGAGAUGAUCAAUGAGAAAUUAAAGAAAGCUGAAGAGUUCGGCGAACAAGGAAUGGUUGAUGAGGCGCAGAAAGCACUUGAGGAGGCUGAGGCUCUUAAGAAGCUUGCUCCUAGACAAGAACCUGUGGUGGAUUCAACCAAAUACACUGCUGCAGAUGUGCGCAUUACGGACCAGAAACUGCGUUUAUGUGACAUAUGCGGAGCAUUCUUGAGCGUCUAUGACAGUGAUCGUCGGUUAGCUGAUCAUUUUGGAGGGAAGCUUCAUUUGGGUUACAUGCUGAUACGUGAUAAACUAGCAGAGCUUCAGGAGGAAAAGAACAAAGUUCACAAGGAACGGGUCGAAGAGAGGAGAUCAAAGGAGAGGAGCAGAGAGCGAGAAUCAAGUAGAGACAGAGACAGAGGAGGUAGCCGUGACCGUGGAAGAGAUAUAGACCGUAGGAGUAGAGAUCGCGACAGGCACCAUGACCACCGUGAACAUGACAGAAACUAUAAUCAGUCACGUGGCUAUGACUCAAGAAGCCGGCGCAGCUCGAGGUCCCGGUCUAGGGAAAGAACGAGGGAUCAUGAUCGCCGCAGACGUCAUGACCGCUACUAAGACGCUGUCAGAGAAGGUUGCAGCAAGUUUGAGAUGUUUUCAAAGAUGCGUUUAGGAUCACCAAUCUGGAGUUACAAACACUUGUUUUCGUAUGUGUUAAAAAGAUAUUUGAGAUUGUAAGUUGCUAAGUUUGUUUGUAAGAGGAGUUUCGUUGGAUUUCUUCAUACUUUUAAUAUGUUGACAUCAAAGACUUGCGAGUAGAAAAGACCUGUGGUGAUUACAUGGCU